AGAGAGAGAGAGAGUCCCAUGAGCUAAUAAAAACCAACGUGGAAGGCCUUCAGCUCAGAGAGAGAGAGAGAGCCGAUAGCUUGCUUUCUCUUCAUGGAAAGUGGAAAGGCCUUGUCCGCGCGGUUUGUAGUUGUGGCGUUUUUUACAAAUGCCUUAUUGGGUGAAACUUCACCAUCUUGUCCGCCUUCUUCCUGUGGCAAUAUUCAGAACAUAAGCUACCCUUUUCGACUCCAAGAUGACCCGAAGAAUUGCGGUGAAUCAAUGUAUAAUCUGUUUUGCGAGGACAACGUGACAGUGUUACGCUUUAACUCGGGAAGAUACCACGUCAAGUCAAUCAACUACAAUAACAACACAAUCCGAGUUGUAGAUCCUGGUUUUGAUCACAAUAAUUGCUCCUCCGUUCCUCUCUAUUCUUUAUCAUCCGAUUCAAUAAUUUUUGGAUCUCCGUAUAGUGUAUACAGUUAUGAUAUUCAUUAUCGUAUGGUAUGGAUUUCAAGAGCUAUAACUUUCUUGAAUUGUGCUAGUCCAGUGAACUCCUCGCUGUACGUGGAGACAGCUCCGUGCAUAAAUAUUUCCAGGAGUGGUAGUACUACUUACUUUGUCCCAACUAAAAACCUAUAGUUAUGUCGCCGUGGGCCCAAUGAUUGCGUCAGAUUUGGAGGAGGGGUGCAGCAUAGGGUGGACGGCCAUGGCUUCCUGGACUGAAAAUCACCGAAACGCAACUUCUUACUGUUACAUACACAAUGCUCUGGUGUAUGGCUUUGAGCUUCAGUAUUCUCUUGGCUCUCCAAUAGAUCCGUCCGGCU